GAGCCACUUUGUGUCUGACAAUGUAUUUCACUUCUCACUGAGAUAGCUAUUUGGUGGGGGUUUUUUUGUAUAACCAAAUGUUGUAAUUAUCUUGUGCAUUCAAAUUGUGCGUUCUAUACAAAAAUGUGUCUUCAGGGCAAGCAUAAGUUCUAGAGGUAACGAGAAAUCACUUGAGGUUGAUAAGAACAAGCUGCAAGAUAGUAUGUACUUCGCAGGUAGUACGUACUUUGCAGUUGACUUUUCCAGCAUGGAAUUGUUGGGGUAACUGAGCUGUUUUCUGAGAUCCAUGUCUCUCUGAAGCCCCACUUUCUUAAAAAGUGGCCUUAAUGUAAACAGUUUAGUGCAGUGAAAGGCACACAGGGGUCUGCCUCAGGAAGGUAGCUUGAGCUUUAGCCCUGCAGAGGUGGCAGGUAGAGCAGUUUCUCUCCUGUCUCUCUCUUUCUCCCCUGAUCGUAAUUUCAAAAGCCAGGAAAAAUGAUUGGAUGAUUCCUUGAACAAGUUGUGUCAUGUAACAAGUGUAUGGAUAUUGCUGAUCUUUGAAGUGCUUUAGCAUUGGAACUUAGAUAGGUUCUUCUGCUGUUACUGUAUUUUUGUGUAUCUUGUUUCAGGAGUUAAUUGAAUUUUUUGGGUGUAUUGACUUGGCCUUAGGAUGACAGUGAUUUAAAGUGAACCUUAAGCUUGAGUUCUCUGAAGUGCCCUUCUUUAGGAGCAUACAAUACUGAAAUGUCUUGCUUGAAGCACAUCUAACCUCUUUUUGCAGUGGUCUUAUGAACAGCAGUGUAUGGAAUGAACUAUUGAGUUGACAUUUACAGAAAACAAACGUAAGGUGUGCCAUAUUUUGGGAAUAGUCAUUUGCCUCUCUGAAGGUUUAAUAAGUUGUGACGGUCUAUUCACUGUAUUCCAGUAGUCCUUUCAAGCUGUUCACUUCAAAAAUAAAACAUUAAAUUCCAGGAAUCAAAGUUUCCAAGCAACCAAACCCAGCAAACAAAACUAUUGUACAUGAUAUUUACGUCUUUGUUGCCUGGGAAUCCUGUUGCUGCUCCACACCUCACUCUAAACACUUGCAAAACCCACUCACUGGUUCUUGCAGCUGCAGCUGCCUUGCAGUUUAGGAAAGAUCAAGUCACAAACAUGUAGAUCAGAGAGUUAUGAUUCCUGAGUGGCUGAGGCAGCGAUGAGUAAUCAAGAGGUGGUCGUUCUGAGCGUGGGAGGUGUGAGAUAUGUAACCCGCGCUUCCACCUUGCAGCAGUUCCCUGAGUCCAGGCUGGCACGGAUGUUGAACUGUGAUGAUGGGGAAUUCAAACUGGUGAAUGGAGAAUUUUUUGUGGACAGAGAUGGAGCUUUGUUUAGUUACAUCAUGGACUUCUUGAGGACUCUACAGGUCUCCUUACCGACUGAUUUCUCAGACUAUCAGAGGCUGCGGAGAGAAGCAGAAUUCUAUGGACUCCACCCCCUGGCUGACCUCUUGAGCCAGGAACACUUGCUAAAGCCGAGGCUGGAGAUCUUGGAAGUGCGUUUUUCUCUCCAAGAAAUGCAGGCCUUUUUCCGGAUCUUUGGUUCCUGCAGUAGCACCGUGGAGGCACUAGCUGAGCAGAUCACUGUGUUUACAGGGCAGCAGUCAGGACAGAGCUGGAGCAGCCCUUUUCCUUCUCAGAAAACACUCGUUCCACUCCCUUUGGAAAGACCUUCUCAUCACGACAUGGUUUUUCAGUGUGGUACUGAGUACUCUGCUGGGGACCAGUUUGUGGCAAGGUACUCUCCUAGUGUGACUUCUCGUUAUGGCGAUGUCUUUGUGACUUCUGGUUCAGAUGCAGUGGAGUCUCCAAAUGCUGGAAAUUUUGAAGAGGAUGCUAAAUGAUUCCAUCGGGGCUCCCUUCCCCAUGAAAGGCUGGACCAGAUGAUCUUUUGAAUUCCCUUCCAGCCUGGCCUGUUCUAUGAUUCUGUGGAGACCUUCUCUGAAGGUCUGCGUCAGGAAGCCUGUCAUGGUGGGCUUUGAAGUCAGCCUGCUGAUGGCAGCAUUCAGGUGACACAGCUGUGUGGGUGACUGUCCCCACGGGUUGCUCUACUACAGAGAUGACACUCCUUGUAUGAAAACAAUAAUGUUGAGUAUUGAGUGAGUCAUUGACUGUGAAUAUUGUUGGUGGAGAAACUUGCCAAUAAUAAUGAGAAACACAAGACAAGAAGUGAUAACUUUUUAUGGAAAAAGUUAAAAAAAUAGACUUGAGGCUGUAUUUAGACACCAUGCCCUAAAUGAUCGAUGAUAGUAGCGAUGUAAACUAAGUGAGACUAGUUUCUGAACCUCUCAUAGUAACAGUUACACUGUUUCAUCUACCAUAAGAAUACUGACUUUAUUUUCCUUGCCGUAGCAGCCACCAGGAAAAUUGAGGUUUGGAUUACUUUUUUUAUAAAUAAAGUGAAAGAAAAUAUGAAAUAUUUCCAUUUUUAAAAAGCCCUGGAGUUUUAACCUAUGGCAUCACCCAUGGUCCAUGGCUUUGGCAAAAUGAAUAUUUGGUACAACCAUAUCAGUAACAACUUAUGAUGGGCUAAUGCUGAACACUUUUUUGUUCCCCUCAGGGAUUAAUUUUUAUUCAGCACAAACAUCAUUCUAUGAAUGCAUUAUUUUGGCUCUGGAAAAAUAUACCAGUGCAAUUUCCUGUCAUAUAAAGGACUGUAUGUGCUUUACCUCGACCUUGGGUAAUGGCAUACUGUGAGACUGCACAUCUUUUUGAAGUGAAACACAUGACUGUCAGCAAGCUUGGAUUCCCAGAGUUCUCCUAGCAUUUACUCUUACUUAGCAAUGAACUGUGAAUUGUCACCUUCUGUCACUUGUGUGCCUGCAGAGAACAUGACUAGGCUCUUAUACAACACUUCCAUUUUGUUGUUGUUUUUUUUUUAACUGAGAGUCGCUUAAAUAAGUUUGAGAGCAUGUGUGUAUGUGUGUGAAGAACCUCAUAGAAAUGUGUUGUGACCUAUACUAGUAGGAUAACUAUGACUUUAAUUGAAGAUGGAUUGAAUUAAUUAAUUUAACUGAAGCUGGUUCUUCAAUGGAAUGCACCUUCCUGGAUUUCUUUUUACAGAAAAUGAAAGCAGUGAUGGUAGAGCUACAGGUGUUGUGUAGCUUCAAGCUACAAAUAAAUAACAGUAAUCAUGGAGGAAGGGGUGAAAUUAUGUUCAUUUGCAGACAAGUUAAUAUAAAAGUAGCAUUGAUUUACUAGGAGGAUCAGCUGGUCUCCACCUUGCAUGACCAUUUAUGCUACUGCAAAGCAUUGCUGAGCCAGGAUGACAGUUUUUCUGUGCCCUCUUUGCAGUGGUAUGCAAUGUAACCUGCAGGCACUAGGGCAGGAAUUUAGUAGUGGCCAAUGUUGUUACUGCACUUUCUGUUCUGAGGUCCCAAAAAGCAGGGAUGCAGCAGAGAGCAGACCAUGUGGUGUGCACUCAGCAGAGCGGUUCACACUGGUACAUUUGCAGAGAAGGGAACAGCUGUACAAGUAGAAGUGAGUUUGGCUGAUGGGAACUACGAGUCUGAGUGAUUCUAAAAGCCUCUUGGUCAAAACCAGAUUAUGUGCUAAACCGAGUACUUUCACCCAGAUCUUGGCAGGCAAGUUAACUCUGAUACCUCACAGCACAAUCUCUGUUAGACUAGCAGCAUAUUGUAGGUGACUUGGUCAUGCUUUUACAUGUGAGGGAGCCAGAAGCUCUGAUUGCUCACAUCUACUCUAUUUUUGAUUAAAUAGGAAUGGGAUUUUGACACAUUUAGACUCCUUUUUCCAAUGACGAAAUUUGUUAUCCCUGACACGAUCCAGUUCUUCAAGUCAUUGCCAACUUUCUCAAGAGAAUUCCUUUUUUUUCCUGGGAAGAUGCAAAAUUUGCUGAUUUCAGUAAAUUUAACUGAGGUAUUUGCCUUUUUAUUACUCCAUGGAUUCAGCAGAAAUGUGCAAACUGUUCCACUGUCCAAGAUGCUAGAAAGGGACUGCUGCAGUGUUGGGGCAGCCCCCUCGCUCACUCACAGCAAGCAGUGAGCUCUCUUUGGCUUUGUACCAGGCAAGCAGACUGCCAGAGCAGUAAACAGAUCACUAGAGGGAAAGGGAACCAAAUGGGAAGAUAACACCGUCAUCCUGUCCCACACGGACAGCAGUUUACAUGGCAGAAGUAGAUCAUCUAAGAAGAGGUGAUAGCUUGGUGGAUUUGUAAAAGGCAGAUGAUUGAGAAAGACAACACCUCAUUUGCUUCAUAUUUUUGUAUUUUAAUCACUUUUCCCUCCUUUAUAGUUGGAUUGCAUCCUGUAUUUCUAUGUUCAAGACUGUCAAGGGCUUUACCAGCACAAUCUUGUGGUGCCUGUUGGAUAUCCCAGUGCCAUAGAGGUACCACACUUUUUCCAUCUUCCUGUUCUUGUACUGUGAUUAUUUCCUUUUGUAGUGAUUGGUUAAAUUUUUUGUGCUUUUAAGUAAUUUUUUAUCUGCUUCUUCACACAGUGGAAAGUUCUCUUGUGUCCUUCUUAUCUGUUCUGGGGACCUGUAAUUUAUUUACCACCUGAAUUGUUCAGUAAUCUGCUGAUACCAGGAAGGAGAGAGUCUGUUGUGAAAUACAUUUUUGUUCUUUGAGAAUUGAUUUCAGUAUGAGAGUUCAUGGGGGUUUUUGUUUCUUUGGGAAGUGCAGUCAGUGCAUUCUUACAGGUUCUGCAGCCAGUGUUCAUGUGAAUGUAUAAUUGAUUAAGAAUAGACGUUUAAAUAAAGCUAUUAAAAUUGAUACUAUAGACUGAGAUACUAUUUAGAUUAAGACCGAUCUCUUUGCUCUGGCCACAGCACUGGGAAAUUUUCCCCUUAACUAAAUAAUUCCAAACCACUGACUUUCAUGGAAAUAGUAGAAGACUACUCCUUAAGAUGCUGUAUAUGAGGAAUAAUAGCCACAGGGUGAAAGAAUGAUGCUGGAGUAAUUGUAUCAUGCCCAGGGGUAGUUACUUCUGUUAACUUUGGAGAAACUUUUCUGCACACUGGGCUGUUCCUACUUUCUACCUGUUUUGGUUGUUUUCUAGCUUUCCAACACUCAACAGUAACUGCUUUAAUCUGAGCAGAGCAAGGCUGAUGUGCUUUUAUCUGUCUCUGAAGUGGAUAAGUCAAAGGUAUAUUCCAAUUCAGUACCAGAAAGCCACCAAAGUGGAUCAGAAGCCCUGUCUGAGUCCACAACGAAACAUUCAUAACUCUGAAUAUUUUUUUUUUUAAAUUUGUUCUCAGAUUGCUGGAAAGUGUUACUGAAUAUUCACUGAGAAGCAAGCUGGGAGUUAUCCAAGAGGAGAAGGGAGGCUCAUUGCUUCUUACUCCUUCCCUCUCAUUUGUGCUGAACCAUUGCCAGGCUUUAAGUUUACAAGGUUUAUUUUUAUCGAUUUUCAACAAUAAACAGAGGGAGUAUCUUCAGUAAAAGAUUUACAGUGCAUCACGAGGAAAUAAAACUCCCUACCAAAUAUUAUAUUGAUCUAUUCCCAGAUGCUACUGAAACAGCAAAUAAAAGCUCAAAUGAAGUCCAGUGAUGGAGAACUUCCUCUCUUUAGUGACAGAUGCAUAUGACUGUUAUGUCUUCAGAAAACAAUAAAAAGGAAGGGAAUGACUCUGCUUCUUUGACCAUAUCUUCAACAGCCCAGUUAAAUCUGUCAACUCAAUGUAAUCCACAUAAAUAACAAAUUUGGGAACCAAAGGAACUGCUAGUGUGUCUGAAGAUUCCCAUUCUUUGAAGCUGCCUCUCCUGCUGCAGUCAGGCCAUAAUUAGUCACAGAAGGCCUUGUUGUGACUAGCAAAUGGAUGGACCAACAAUGAUUUGAAUAGUCUGGUUCUGGCUGGAGAUAUGCCUGGAGCCCUGAAUAUUCUCAAAUGGGUGGGUGAAAUGUAAAUCACUAGUCAUCAUAUAAAAUACAAAUAAAUCUGACUUCUAUUUAAAAAAAAAAAAAAAGGGAAUGUCAGUUUUCUAGACUGUCAUGUAGUUUCUGCUGAAAUAACACCCUGAAGUGUGAUCUGAUGUGUAAAUUUUUCCAAGAAUCCUUCCUCCAUUUCUACUCUGUUUUCAUUCUAAUGGAAUGGUUCAAUAAUGGGUAGCUUCUUUCUGGUCAGAAGGAUAAUGAAUGUAGCCCUAAAGGUUGGAAACAGUAAUGUGUACAAGUCUGCUGAAGAAAAUUAAUUUAGGGCUUUGCUUUCUAAGCAAGUUACUGUUACAGCAGUCAGCUGAGUGCUUGCUGAAACUGUGAAGAAUUAAACAUUGCAACAUUGUUCCAUCCUGAUUCUCCACUGGAAAAAAAAAAGGCAAUAGAUUGGAAACAUCAAGUCUGGGGUUUUACUAGUACUUUGGAGUCAGGAACUGAGUUUUCUUUGAAUUUCAAAGGCAGUUUGUAGCUUUCAUUGAGGGCCUUCUGAAAAGACUGGUUUAUGGUUUUUGGUUUUGUUCCCCAGUGAUAUCUAAACUGAGUAAUACAAUAAUUGCUGACAUACCGGUUUAUUUGCAAUGUUGUAUUCAACAAUAAACAGAAGGCAUGCUCAUCCUUCUAUCCUUUAA